AUGCCCGAUCAGUACGACCAGCUGACACGACUCUGCACACCUACACGGGCACAUAAUUACCCCCUCCCCAUCAUGCCACGGGCAUCCUUCUCCCGCGCGCCGGUGGGGCUGGACGGCCCACCUGCGAGUGCGUCGGUGGCUAUAACAGGAGCGGCAACUGCAAAUCCCGCGUCGUCAAUGGCCCGGUCGCCGACCACCACCACGCCCGGAACGCUUGCCUCGUCCUCACACCUGCUGCUGCGCCGCAACGUGAAUGAUCUUUACUCCUUCGCAUCCCGUCCACAGCUCUCGCGCCAACAUCACCGCCAGCUUACCAGCCGCAACACCGCCGUCGACUCGGGCAGCGCUGCAAGUACCCACUCUCCUAUGUGGAAAUCCAGGCACCGCACCUUCGCUGGCGGCGGUGGCAUCGUCGGUCACACCGCGCUAAUGUCUUCCGAUGAUAAGAAGCGCGAUGACAGCGAUAGAGUAGCCAAGCUUGCGCAGCGGCAGCAGCAGACACAGCAGUCAGACGGUAACCUUGCUUCAACCGAGAAAACGUCAACAAUGCUCCGACGCAGGGUGCAGUACAGCCAAGCCAAGCCGCGUCCCAUCCCCAGUAGCCUACGCACAGGCAGCGAUGCCAUCACUGUCGCAGCCGCUGUUGACGCUUUCUACACGGCCCCCUUCCUGCAGCUUGCCUGCCGUGAGGCGCUCGAACGCGAAAUUGCGGCGCGGCUGCGUUUGAGCGUGCAGAAGAUGUCGUCAAAGCUGCACACGAUGCGAAUGGAAGGAUUGAAGGAGGCGACGGCUCAACUCUUGCAGUGGACGACGCAGGCCUCGAUCGAGUCAGCUGAGCGACAGCAAGAACAGCAGCUGCAGCAGACCAAGUCGGAUACGCGCUACGCCGACAGCGCAGCUGCAGCCGCCCCACUUGGUCGAUCCAGCAUGGUGCUCCCGCCCUACGAUGCAGUGCGCGUCGAGGUGUUGGGCGGGUCAUCGCCAACCGUCGUCCAUGGGGACUACCACCAGCAGUCUCCCUCCUUCCCUGAGUCGCCGCAGCGACGCAGCAGCGAGGCGGCGAUCGCCCGCUGUGCUAAUGCGCUACGCAGCCCCUCCUGGGACGUUGUGCAGCACGCGCUGGAAGGGGUGGACUACACGAGCUCAAUUUUUAACACAAUCCUUGUACCUCGGCUGGAGGUGCGCAACGCCAUGAGCACUGGCGUCCCCAUCAGCAUCCAGCUGCCGAGUGACAUGGCGCUGCAGUGGACUACGCUUCCGACAACCUCGCGAAGUCUUGUGGGGGCAGCGGCUGGUACGGCACCUCAAGGGACACCGCCAUCGCAGCAGAACAAACUACUGCAAGCGGCGACGGCUGUCACCUAUGAAGAGCAGGAGCUGGCCCUCCGCUACAUCCAGGGUACGUGUCUGAUGCUCUACCACCAGCGGCGUUGCUGCUCUGACGGGUGCCUGUUGUACUACGCGACGGAGGUGUUCCAGUGCAUGCGCAGCCACAUUGACGCCCUCUUCACCUCUCAGCGGCGGGAGCUGGAGGAGCAGGAAGGCGAGGAGCAAACCCAUCAGCGUGGGAAAAGAAAUCUCGGCAUAAACAACAACAGUGGCAGUGGCAGUGGCGGCGGCGGCAGUGUGGGUGGUACACGCCUGUCCGGCACCUCGGCCGCUACAACAGCAGCAGCCCUCACAGCAACGUUGCGAGAGUCGGGUCGCUCACAGGUUUCUGUCAACCCAUCGCUUGUCCGCGUCGUUGUGGCACUCGUGGAUGCCGUGGAGGCCGCUUGUCACUACAGUCCGUCGAGCCUGCGCCGUCUUGUGCAGACCGGCGGCGUGACGGCAAUGCUGAACCUGGCGUACUGCCCAUUUAUGCCCACCCCUAUCCGUGCCGCGGUGCUAAACACGAUUAGCGUACUCCUGCAGCAAGUGACGCCGCUCCGUCGGUAUGUGGCAGCCUCGAGUAAGGCACAGGAAACUAGCGACUCCGGCGGCCUCGGCAGAGCUGCCAUGCAGGACGCUGACCCCCUGCUGCAGCGCAUGCUAGAGAACGCGGUGCACGACAACCCGCUUGGCCGGGAUGGGCAGCAGAUACCGUACUCCACCGACUUUGGCAGCGCCUCCAAGUUUGACUCAGCGGUGAGAAAUUGGUUCUUCGCGAAUGGGCUUGGCAACGUUAUCGCGUCCGUGGCACAGCUGCAAGACCUGCGCAACACCUUCCAGCCCACCUCCUUUGUCGUACCGCAGGGAGCGGACGCCGCCUCCGCCGUGACGCACGCCAACAUGCUGCGUGAAGGCGAGCUGCACCGCAAGCGGAUUGGGUGGCUGCUCGAGUGCAUGGACGGACGAGUGCUGUGA